UAUAUAACAGGAGGUUGUGCAGACAAUUGAGACCCAGGGACCACUCACCGUCUAUUGCUGUUUUUACUCUUUGAAGUUCAAUAAACUUUCUUCAUCAGACUCUGCUGAGUUCCUUUUAGAACUUUGAUAGGCCUAAUUGAUCAAGACUUACAUUUUAUGGUACGGCGGUACCCCAUUCCAAGCGGUUCAAGCUGCAUGUUCAUUGGGAAGGACUGAGUUAAAUUGUUCGUAUAUUAUAAUUACAUCGAAAUAUUCAUUGUCAACUGAGUAGUGGAGUCAAUUUUGGGUGUGGCUAGGGGCUGGAUCAACGCCGAUCUACCCGAAGGGUUUUGGUCCAUUGGAUAAAAUCUUCUCGUGCGGAGUUGAGUGGGGGGAAAUACAUAACAAUUGCCUGCAUACCUUGAUUGCCGAGAACAGCAGUAACGCUCGUCAAACGCGCUGGAUUUUAUAACGUUUUAAAAAUGAUAAUAGACCUUGGGUAGCAAAUGAUCAACAGGUAGUUUAUUUUACAAAUGACAGCGACGACCACUUAUGGAAGAGCAAACUGGCUUAUCAACCUUUUGAACAGUGUGUUCACUGUCCAAAAUGCUUCCUGCGUUAAACAAGUAUUCCAUGGCGACAGGCCAUAGACAUCCCAUAUCAGGGGAGUGGAACAACAGGGACAGACGCCUAUUAGACAGCAGGGAAAUAUCUUUCCAAGACUAUGAUCAAUGGUCCCAUAACGAGAAUGCAAACCAGUGGAACCAGGGACCGUGCAGAACAGCAGACCAUGAAUUCUACAGAGAUGUCCCAGUGAUGUAUCAACCAAACCCUCAGACGCCAUAUUUUCAUGCAUAUCAACAGGACAUUAGAACUUUCCAAAACUCCUCAUUACGAUGGCACAAUAUCUCUGGACCAUACAAUCAGAGAUUGCCAAACGUUACUGUGCAUCACACUGAACAGACGCUCCAUUCAGUUUCGGGAUGGAGCAACCAUCCCCAUUGUUCCAGCCAGAGGAACUGGACCAGUCAAGAAACAUGGAAUGCGCAUGUGAAAUCACAGUCAUCUAAAUGGAGAUGGCAUAAUUUUUCAAACAAGCCCCCUACGGGACAUUUCAGAGGACAGUCAAGGACACGUUCAAGAAGUCGCUGUGUUGUUGAUUUAAACACUAGCUCCUGUGUAACAGAGAAGAGUAAUGUUUCAACUUUGAGCAGAAGUUCUCUGAAGACUCACUCUGUCAACAGGGUUCCGAGUGAUAAGACAUCUGAAAAGUUGGCACAGCCUUCGCAGGAGGAUCAGAGUGAUUUGCGGCAGCUGGCUGACAUGGGUUGUCUAAGGAAUAACAAGCCUGACGUGAAGAUACCAAACACUGAAAAAGACCCUGUUUGUCAAGAGCUUUGUCCCAGGACAUCGUCAGUGUGCACAAUGUCCAAACAGAGUGGUUUUCCCAGCCAGUACUUUCCCACAGACAGUGGCACACAUGGACAUAGCGUGUCGGUUUCAGCCAAAGCACAACCCAGAUGUUCAAUGCCUGUCAGUGCUGUCAUUGAUUCGGCCCCCUCCGACACAUUGGACCCCUCCCCCGUGGACAAGGAUGUAUCUGAAAAACAAAUGAUCUCCAUCACCUUGAUGGAAUUUAAAAGGUGGUUUAGACGAAGGAUUGAGACAAUACUCAGCCAAGGGGAAUAUAACCUAAACAAACACAACCCCGGCCAAGAUGUGGAGACAAUGGACCUUUUACAACCAGGAAAAAGCACAAAGGGUUGUAGAGAUGAGGACUCCCCUCUGUGUGUAGAGAUCCAGUCCAACUCUCGGUGUAUAGUAGUGAAGACAGGCCCUAUUGUCCCUCCACCAGUUGCAGUGGUUACUCCACUUGAACGACAGGUAUCCUAUGAGCCUACAGAGUCAGGGGUUAAAGUUCAUGAAAGUGAACAGCUGUCAGUCGUUGACAAGGAGAGGAGGCAAUCAGAAAGUGAUGUAAAAAUGCAGUUGGCACUUAAAAGCGUGUUGGAGAACAGUGAUGGUUCAUUCAAUGGAAGACCUUUUACUGGAAGUGGACUAGUGCCUGUUGAAGAGACAACUGUGAGUAAAGAUGGUACUUGUGUUAGGCAGUGGAAUUUAGAUGAAGUCAAGGAGAGUGUUAUGGAUAUUUCUAGAGUUUCUUUCAUUCAAUACACACUAUCCAAACUAAGGAAGAUGAUCGAUGAGUUUGAGAGUUUAAUCACUCCAAGGGAAAACAAAGAAAAUGUAAAAGAUGCUCUAUUGAAUAUUUUUUGGGGUGGGGAUAUUCAAAACCUACUGACGUUUAACAAGCGUGAGCUUGCAAAAGACAUGGUGGAUGCGCUACCUGUUCUAUCGGAAGAUGAGAAUACAGUUAUUCUCCAAGCCGUUAAGGGUGAAGAACUAGAGGAAUUUUUGGAUAGGUAUACCACCUUCAGACUUAAUGAGAACUACACUCCAGAGCACAAGUCUUCAUGGUUGAAUGUCAAUGAGAGUGUAGAUGACAUAGACCAUGAUCCUGGUGUAGCUUGUUUGCAGCAUGAGGUACAGACUAACACAGUGGCAGAAACAGAAAGAGGGGAGACCGAGAGAGAGAUGCAGACCGACACACCAACAGGGAUAGAGACAGAUCCAAAAGCACAGACAGGAAGAAAUACAGAAAUACUGAAAGAGGCACUGACUGAUAUGAACAUAGAGAUGGGUGUAGAAAUGCAUGUAGAAAAAGACUCACAGACUGAGGCAGUCACCAAAGUAGAGUCACUCAUAGCAUCAGAAAAAGACUGUAGUUCACACUCUCUCUGUCCUAUUAAAAUAACUUGCCUUAACACUGAGGUUGCCAAGAAGGUGUUUGACCAGCUCCAAGAGAACUCAACCUGCCAUAUUGACUCAAGUGUGCUCCUCUCUGGAAUCAAUGGAAGAAAUACAAAAUCUUCCCUCUAUGAAGAGCAAAUUAUGAACCACAAGGAUACACUGAGUCUUCUGUCAUCUCAAGAAGAACCACAGUUAUCGAGGACAGGUAAAGAAUCUGCAGUCCUGCAGUCCCCCUGCUCCUCAUAUAUCAUUGAGACUCCUGAUGGUUUUGAGUUGGCAUUAAAUACUGAGGGCCUGACAAAGAGUUCCUCAGAGUUUCAAGAUAGAGGACUUCGCAUCAUACCGGUUGCUGGGUUCUACUUGUUAGAUAAUAGUCUCAAUUCUGACCUAGAGGACACUGAGGAUGUUAUCCAGGAGUCAAAGACACAGGAUUCAAACAGAGAAUGGAUAGAGACCCUUUCACCCAGUGAAAUCACUAACUCGAAUGAUGGGAUGUCCCUGUCAGACAUCAGUGUGUGCAUUGACCAUGUGGAGAGAGAGGAAAUCAGCGUGAAGCCUAAUGACCUCUCUGAAUCUCCUACGGUACCUCUGAAUUCACAUGAAGAACCCACACAUCCCAUCAGGCCAUGUAAUCUUGUCUUGGGUGUCACCAAUGAACGUGAAGUGGGAGAACCUAAGCUUUUUUCAGAGAUGAAGGGCCAACAGCAGAAGCUUGGCGAGGGCUGUGUGUCAAGUUCUCCUUUAGAAGAGUUUGAGUCCAUCGAUGCAUUAAUAAAUUCAAAAAAAUACAUAUUGAGUUCUGAUUCAGAACAUGUAGUAUCUACUCUAUGCCAUGGUAAAGCAGAGUCCCGCAAGGAACGAAGGCUAAAGAGACCAAAGGUCUCAUGGAGAAGAAGACUGCUGUCAGAAUCUGAGUCUGAGAUGGAAGGCAGUUGGCUCAUGGACAACGUUAUUUGUGGUCCCCAGAAGAAGGUACUGUCCAGAUUGACAGUGACUGAUGACAGCUCUGUCAUUCCGAAGAGGAGACAUCCAACUAAAUGGAAUAGGGCCAAUAUCAACAGGAAGAAGUGGGUAAGUUCUUCUGAUUCUGAGGACAAUCCAUGCAAUGUGAAACAUGUUUCUCAGAAGAGGAUGCAUUCAGUUUCAACUGGCAUAGAAGAUGCAUCAAAUGAUUCCAUAACUUCACACAAUACAACCCAUUCUCAGUCUGAGACAGAACCCUCUGAAUGUGAAGAUACGAGGAUAAACGUAGCUCAGCUAGGGAGAUACUCUUCUGAAUCAAAUUCUAACCAUCAGUAUGAGUACUGUAAACCAAGUAUAUAUUCCGAUGUGACAGAAGAAAGCUCAGAUGGUUCCACAGUGUCAGUGAGUCACAGUAAAAAAGCAAAGACAGAAAGACUAACAUUUGAAUGUCGGAAACUAACCCCAACUGAGGACAGCCAAAAUGAUUCAACAGUGUUGCAGCACCACCCUGUGUACAAAGAUUUGCAACAUGGCUGUGAAGGCCCAAACUUUGUUCCUGGGAACAAGUGCCUCCUUGCGGGGGACGGGUCAACCUCCACUGCUCCUCUGGAACACAAAAGAAAAUCACAUGAGCCAAAACUCCAUAAGGGCCAGACCUCAACAGAGAAGAAAACAAACAGGUCUCUCAUUCAAAAGACUGAGGAAUUCCCCAAAACGCCAAAGACAAAUUUGAAGACAAAAUCCACAAAGGUUGGACUAUACAGUCUUCCCAUCCUUAAACACAAGCCUUAUAGUGAACAAACAAAGAAAAAUAAGAGUGAUAAGACAAAGUUCUCUAGCUUUAAAUCCAAUUCUGAAUCUCCUGUUCAGAAGAACUGUAAACAGAGAGAUGAGGGGAGGUAUGAGCAGAUGUCCUCUUACCCCAAUUCAUCUAAGCAGAAAAAAGAGUGUUUGACAGAGGGGAAGAAUGGCAAAAAAAAAAAUACCUCACUACAGAAAAUCAAACAUUUCCCAACAGCUCAAUCCAAUUACUUAAAGCAAAAGAUGCAGCUCCACAGGGACAAACGAAGGGAAUUGGUGUCGCUCACAAAGCAAAGUCUUGACGUCCCCUGUUCUCCUGCAGAGGAGAAGGAACGGAUGAAAGAAGAGAGGAGGAGGGAGGAUAUGAGCACUAAGCAGAAGUCCUCUGGCCAUACAUUUCCUAUGAAGAAGAAGAAAGAGAGGGUAGAGCAGAGUGAAGAGCAUCAGGAUACAAAGGAAGAUAAGAAAACAUGUGACUCUUACAAAGACCAACAUAAGACCGUACAAACCCAAAGUAGGUAUUAUGUACCAAAAGUCCAGGGCUCCAGCAGACAAAGGAGUCCCAGAACAGCCAUGGUAGCUGCCCCCACACCCGAGAGCCCCGAAGAGCAGAUGGGCUCAGUGAAGAAGCAAUUGCAUUCCAAUUGGGAGAGCAGCUUCUAUAUAACUCCAUUCAGGAGGCGAAGGCGAUCAGGAUUCAGUGAAGAAGACCCCUGCCCUCGGCCCAGUCCAGAGAAGAAGAGCUUAAGCCUCAAUCAACACGCGAGGGAGGAGGCACCUGUCAAGAAAGAAGAGCAGAAAAAAGUAGAAAUGGUGAGGAGACAAGGACCCAUCCCACCUGACAAAGGACAGAAACCAAGGCGCAAUUCCCAGGAGUACGUCACCCCACUGAUGAAGAAGAGUAUGCUGCAGGCUAAGUCAUGGACGAACGCCAUCCACCACAAAACGCCGGAAGACACCCGACGCAGUAGACAUGGCACUCACAAGGCAAACAAACUGCCGCGCAGCACCAUAGAAGGGUGUUACAAGUGGGCUGAGAAGCAGAAUAGAAGGUCAAGGGAUGAAAAAAAAGUAAUAUGAGGCCCCUACAAAAAUACAAGGUUGUCGAUUUGGCUCACACAACCUCUUCUGUUGAAUUGUCAAAAACCUUAAAGCACCGAAGGCAAGACGACUAAAGUGCGGAACACAAACUAUACCAAUGAGUAGUGCUGUGGCUAAAUUGAUUGAUAAAUUCUAAUUAAUCCCAUUGGUUAUAAUUCAAAAUUUGUAAAACGGUGUCCUUUUAAACAACAGUUUAGUUGAACAUGAAGGGAAGUCAGAGACUAGAAAGUAUUAUUAGGAUACAUUCUCCCAAGAAUAGACAAUUGGCAGGUUCUCCUUUUCGUUCUCUCUAUAAGGGACGGGGAAGGAAGUCAGAAUAAUACCUCCAAUUAGGAACUUGAGACCCACAGAAGCUAAGCAAGGUCACAUGAGGAGAUCUAGUCCUGGAAUAGAUUUGUUUAUCUGAAUGGAGAAAAUGAUAGGGCGGUUAAGAUCAGCUGUAUAAAUCAGUAUAAAUAAUCCAAUACGAAAUGAUAGGGGCUUAUGCACACUUAUGCUUGCUUUUGAUUGCCUCAAUUGUAACUCCCUUCAAGCUAAAAUAAAAACAGUUAUAUUUUGUUCAAAAGAGCGUUCGCUUUUCCUUAAGACCCUCUGAAACUAGAAAUGACAGUAGCUACAGCAGGUAGGAUUGUAAUGGAGAAAUUACCUGUAACCUAAUCUUAACAAUGUUUUCAACAGUUUUCUGAAGACUUAUUUUUUUAUGUUGACACUUGCAUUAUCUUACUAAAUAAUUCUUUAUUUUUUAUAUUUGAUUGUCUGAUUCUGUAUUGAUGUUUUUGUUUAUUUUACAUUUGAGAUCAUCCUUUUUGUUUAUGGUGCCAUGGUGAUGUCAUUACUUAUGACAUGGCAUGUCUAUAAUCUUUUGAGGAACUUUAACAAGGGUUGUUGUUGAUGUUUCUAUGACAAGUAUUUCUGCUUGGCUGUCAAUGACACUUGGACUUGGGUACAGCAUAUUACUGUUCCCCACUUGCAGCCCCUUGUCUUAAAGAUUGGUUAAAGUUGGACACGACUGUGAUAUAUGACUCGGAAUGUUAAAUGCUUAGAUUUUGCUUAAGGCCCACAUUACAUGGUAGCCUACAACACUGGAAAGCAAGCUAUGCUUCCAUCCUUUACAUUUCACAGGAGUGUAGCUGUUGAUAUUGCGUGAAUGUUUUGUAUGUUUUGAUUUUGUAAAAAUGUAAGUGACCUGGAGUCACAGUUUUACCAAAGAUGACGAAUGCAUAUUUUUUAUAUUUUAUUUUUCACUUUACAUUUUUACUACAUUUAUUGUGCACGUUUACUGUAAAUACAUAAUAAACCCAAGUCAGAUUUG